AUGGCUUGCUUCAAUCCAAAUGACAUUCCGUAUGAAAUAGCCAUCCGUAUAUUCCAAUGUGCUUUGGAAGAUCUCAACUACAAGCAAGCCAAACACAACCUUUUAAACUUUCAAUUGGUGUGCAAGAGUUGGCAUAAACCAGCUCAAAAGCUUCUGUUCAAAGACAUUCAAUUGACGCCAACCAACAGUGCCAGUUUCACUCAGUGCAUUCAGCACUGUAAAUCACAGCAAGUGGCAUUUGCUGUAAAAAGCCUGCUGCUGGUUGGCAAUUUCUUAGCUGUGUGCUCUAUAGCAGAUGUGGUCAAGCCGAUAUUCAAGCAUUGUCCUAAUAUUGAAGAAUUACGCGCCAUCAACACCUAUGUAGAGAGACAGCUAUGGAACUACCUCAUGCUGACAGAUGAACCAUUGAAGCUGACAAAGAUCAUUGAAAACGACGUGGAAGACCAAAUCCACUAUAACCAGUACCUGACGGUAGCACAUAAAUUCAAGCAGCAUUUGCAUCAACUGUGCCUACAAUUUGACGGCAGCGAUGACACUUACCAUGCCUCGUUACUAAUUGGCAAUCAACUACAAAAGUUCAGUUCUCUCAGGUGUUUAUCCAUACGAACACUCUGCUCUUUCAAGGUGAUGGAGACGAUGCUGGAUCACUGUCCUCGAACAACACGAAAGCUGACCAUAAAUGCCAUUGAUGUGCGAGAUCUUGUGGAGACACGACAGAGCUGGAGAAAUCCCGAUUUCAGUCGCAUCACACGCAACGAAAGCAUCCAAGAGCUCAGUUGCUUUCUCCUGAUAUUCACCUCGACCUUGCUUAAAUACUUUGCUUACAAACUAAAGGCACUGAACAAGAUUGAUCUGAGGACAAUUGACACCAAUGAAGCGAGGAGCCAGAUCAUGCAUGUGUGCGAUUCCGUGGACAGCUACAAACUGACGCUGUUGUUUCGCCGUAUGCCCAUUAUGCCAGAAGCAGCAAUACAAGAGUGGCUUCGACAUGUACUGGAACAGUCAAAGCAUCAAAAUAUUGAACGAUUUUGCUUGGAUUUGGAUUUCAUUUCUGGCGUGAUGGCUGCCAUUUCGCCCUGGAUACUGCAAAUAAGCAAAACCAUGGAAAGAAGCGAAAUUGUCUUGAAUUAUAUCAAGAUGAACAGGCUGGUUGAAGUUGUGUCUGAUGAAAUUGAGCCUAUCCUUUUGAGCCUGUUCUUGCACCAAUGUAAACCGAGGCUGAUUCAAGUCAAGGGCGUGGAUAACAUUGAGCAGCAUCGACGCUGGUUGAAGGAAGGCAGAAGCGACUUGUUUGCGUACUCAGGUGAACGAAGCUGGAGGUUUUUUGAUGCCGCCAUCCACCAACAAGAAAAUGCUGACAUACAGAUUAACGAUAUUCAUCUGUCUCUAUCUGAUGCGUUUCAUCCGCCUUUGCAGAGACAGGCUCAAAGCCAUCGUGUAUCAAAGCUACAAUUCUACAACUCUAUUCUACACAGCGCGUCAUUCGCACUAAUAUCCCAAAGGCUCCCUGUACUAGGCACGCUCUUCAUCGAUACCUGUCAUCUUAUCAAACACCCACAUCCAUUCACAUUGAAGAUCUCUCUUCCUGCCACUGACAUAGGCUUCUUAAGCCUAAGACUAGCUCCACUUGACGCCUACUCGGAUCUGAGCCAUAGACAGCUACUGAACGCAACAUCUGAAAGUGGGCACUAUACCUUGGUGAUUGAAACUGAAAUCAAAACCUAUGUCAGCUACGUACAAGGGAAUAGCAAGCUGUUGUUAGACUCGCAUGAUGGUUCCAUACCCGUUCAAGGUACCAAAGAUUUGUAUCUUGUGUGGAUUGAAUGCAAGACACUGAAAGAGUUUACCCUUUCAAAUGAUACCAGGACACUUUACGUACAAUUGGAAGCUACUGUUGAAUAA